AUGAAGGCGACACAUCAGAUAUGGUGGUGCUUAGUGGUCUUGGCAUGCUACGUUGGAUUGGUACGAGGUGAAGUGGAAUCCAGCUGUUAUGGUGCUGGGUCAAUAGCAGCUGCGGUGAUUCUCACUUUUAUAUCCACUGCAGUGCUAUUGGGUUUGCUGUAUAUUUGGUGGAAGAAGUAUAAGGCGAAGAAAGGGGUUUUAUUAGUCGAGGAAAUGGAUGGUCUGCCACGAGAACUUUGUUUUCCUGCGUUGGCCGACGAUUUGGCUAAUUCCAUACGGAACUCCUUUAGCGGUUUUGACGUUACACGUGCUGUGUUGCAGCCCUUUCUAUACAGAAGCCAGGCGUUGGUCACUGACAUAUCAAGAACCCAUGUGAAAAUUGGGAAGUACCAUCUUUUCGAUCUGCUUGGACUGCGAUACAGACCAAGUAAUGAAUUGGCCUUAUCGACACCGCCCAUGUGCUUAUUAUUGCGUUAUAACGGAUGGACAAGGGAUGACAAUUUUUGA